AUGGCACCUCGACGUGGUGGAGGCUAUUACUCGGACUACUAUAGCGACACCGACCCCUGGAGCGAAACAGUCUGGUUUUCACUGGACUACCAUCGUGGCCAGAAUUUAUUCUACGGCCAAUUUGCUUUUAGUAUUCUCUCUCUUCUCGCCCUCAUUGGCUUCUUUAUCUGGACAUGUAAGAUCAAGAACCGCAAUCUCCCACUGAAGGGACUCAUGGGCGCCCUGACAUGCUUUAUAUGCGCCCAAAUAAACACCAUCGCCUGGGAAGCCCUGUAUGUUGCCGAAGCCGAGGUGACAAUGUACUAUGUAAUCAGCCUGAUGCUUCAAAACUUUUUCACGGUGAUGGGAAUCUGUCUCACCUUCUACGUCUUUUGGACCCUCAUCAAUCGCUUCCUGGGCCUUCUUGCAUCCUCCGGCACACCCAAUGCCUCAGUGACCUCCAUUCAUUCUCUCCUCUUCGCUCUUAUCGUGGUGAUGUCUCUCUCCCAGACCGCCUUGUACAUUGUUUCCUCCGUGGGAAUGGUAACUGAGCAAUACGCAACCGUACGGAUGCACUUGGUACGGCUGAAUGCUGCACUGUACAUCAUUUACUGGCUGCUAUCCUUGGAGGUAGUCGGUUGUUCAUUCUACAUGCUUUCAAAAGCCCGCAGCCAUCGUUUUGUGUCUAAGGCGCCUGCUACAGCACUCAUCAACGCCGCCGUUAGCUGGUUCGUUGUGUGUUUCACCCCGGCUGUCAUCAUCAUAGCCUAUAGCCUAACGUUCACCAACCGUUGGCCUCUAUAUCUGGACCUCGUCAGUGUCAUUAUCCAGUUUAUCUUCUGGGUCGGCACUUUCACUGGCAUUCUCAUGUGCUGUGCCAAAUGGCACGACCUCGGAGAUGAGCGUGACUAUGCUCCGCCCCAGCCGCAAUAUCCUCCCGCUCAAUACCAACCCCAGCAUAUGCCCGAAGGACAUUACCCUCCGGUUCAGCAGCCAUAUGGUGGUCCUUACCAGGGUUACUCCGCACAGCCUCAGCCUCACCAAGUUUCGCCUCAUCACCAGGCGGUGGCAAACCUCGGCCGCGAUAACAUCAUUUUCGCAGCUCUCAUCACCAACUCCCUUUCACCUCUCACACAGCAAAUCAAAAUGGUCUGCUCAAAAUGCCAAAAGAAGCUCAAAGCCACCGAGCUCGCCACACCGGGCGUCAAAAACAAAAACGACAUGUACUACGGCUCGCCGUCUAGUAAAACGAGCGCCGACAAGGGAAAAACGAAGGCCACACUAGGCGCCACGGGAAUCGGAAAGAGCAAACUCCUCAGCGCGAAAGCGAAGAAUCCUUAUGCGGCUUAUGCUUCGUCUUGCGAUAACUGUAAGGUGAAGACGGAGUUAGGAAAGAAGUUCUGUCAGCGGUGCGCUUAUCAGCGGAAUGCUUGUGCUAUGUGUGGCAAGAAUCUGGCGGGGAAGUCGGCGAAGGAUCAGCCUAUUGUCCAGGGACAGAAGUUCAAUAUGGCAUGA